UGUGAAUUACGUUACCUCCAUGAAAAGGGUAAGCCUAUUUCUUCCCAUUUUACUAUGUUAUGCUUGGUCGCCACAGACGCGAGUAAAGUCAACAAAGUAGCCAUGCCAACCUCAACUGUUUUACUUUUUCUUGUGUUCUGUGAAGGAAGGGGGCGUGGGCCUACUUAGGUUACUACGCCUGCAUGUUUGUUAAUUUGAGAGUCCGGUUUGCUCCUUUGAAAACUAUGAAAUACUAAAACGUCAAACCACUUUGCUUUUUGUACAGAAAUAGACUGAGACAUGGCCUCUAGUGAUCUGCAGUCAUCAGAUGCUCUGGAAGAUCUGAGGAGGCAGUGCCUGGCAAGAGGAGCUGCUGGGAUCAAGGGACUUGGAAGGUCAUUUCGCAUUAUGGAUGAUGAUGGUAGCAAAUCACUGAACUUGGAUGAGUUCCAGAAGGGUUUGGACACUUAUGGAGUGACCAUGGCCAAAGAGAGGGUUUUGGAAGUGUUCAGAAUAUUCGAUAAAGAUGGAAGUGGUACAGUCGAUUUCAAUGAGUUCCUGGAAGAAUUAAGGCCCCCAAUGUCAAACGUGAGGAAGCAGGUAAUUGUGGAGGCUUUUAAGAAGCUGGACAGGACAGGGGACAGUCUGGUAACCGUGGAGGACCUGCAGGGGGUCUACAACAGCCAGCACCAUUCCAAGUUCAAGAGCGGAGAGUGGAGCGAGGAACAAGUGUUUCGCUCGUUCCUAGACAGCUUUGACUCACCCUACAACAAAGAUGGCAAGGUCACCCAAGAGGAGUUUCUGAACUACUACAGUGGAGUGAGUGCCUCUAUCGACAGUGACGAGUACUUCGUCACCAUGAUGAAAAAUGCCUGGAAGCUAUAGGACUCCAGUCACCUUUUAACUAGUUAAUGCUAAACCUCUGUGUUGUUCCGUCCAAGAACAGGCCUUCAACACUUGUUAUGCCGUCAGGAUUUAGGAGGCCUCCUGUGGCUCUUUGAGGAAUUGCAGUAGUAUAGUAAAGGUAGACCUGUUGGUUACUGUUUAGCAGCUGGAAUCCCAGGUUUAGGAAAGGUAGAAACACACCUAUGGAUGAAAAUGUGUCUUUUCGAGAUGGCUUAUCCUCUUGCCUGUCAGUACCAUGUACAUUACAACAUGCUUGGACAUUCAUGGUGUAUACUAGACACGUUAAUCGUUGAGGACCAUGACUUUUGACAUCGUCUUUUGUUAUAAAAAUAAAACAUACAUUUUCAAUCAAUUCAAGGUA